AUGGGACGUUGUAUGUCGAAGUGUUUGAAAUCAGAUGUAUUAUCUGAUUCAAUCGAUGUGCCGAUCACCGGCAACGAACAACACACCGAAAUAGUUUCGUCUGAAAUUAUCGAUGCAGUGAAACCAGUCGACAACAAACAACGAGUUCGUAUCGUUCAAAACUUUACAUUACUUUGGUUGGACUCAAAGAUUGAUGAAAACAAUCUCGAUUUCAAAAAUUCUCUAACACAACUUCGAACAAUUGUCAAUACAAUCAAUACAUUUACCAAUCCUGAUGAAUGCAUCCCUUUUCUCGAUCAAAUCACAGAUGAAAAGGCAUUUAUGCUCAUAUCAGGUUCUUUGAGUCAAACAAUUAUUCCAUGCGUGCAUCAUGCGCCUCAACUCGAGUCUGUCUACAUAUUCUGUGCAAAUAAAUCCAAAUAUGAACAGUGGGCUUCGGACUGGCCAAAGAUCAAAGGCAUUUUCACUGAUAUUGAAAGCAUUUGCGAGGUACUGAAACGAGAUGCUCAACAGUGCAAUCAAGAUUCUGUAACGAUCAGUGUGACAAGCAAAAACGUGGACCGACUCGAGCCUUCGUUCAUGUACACACAGUUAUUGAAAGAAGUUCUUCUCGAGAUAGAAUAUGACGAGAAAGCUAAAACAGAACUCGUCGAAUUUUGUCGCGAACAGUUUCAUAAUAAUCCACAUGAACUAGGAAUUAUCAAUGAAUUCGAACGUGACUAUCAUCUUCAUACGCCAAUCUGGUGGUACACAUGCGAGUGUUUCACAUAUCAAUUACUCAAUCGAGCACUUCGCAUACAGGAUGUGGAGGUUAUUUUGAAGAUGGGCUUUUUCUUACGUGACGUUCAUCGACAUCUUGAAGAAUUACAUUCGUAUAUGGAUAAAAAUAGUCUGAUUUAUGUUUACCGAGGAAAAGGAAUGCCGAUAGCUGACUUCGAAGAGAUCAAAAAUAAGAAAGAUGGUCUAUUAUCUUUUAACACUUUUCUAUCGACAAGUAUCAAUGAGAGCGUUUCAUUACAAUUUGCGAAGAAAUCGUUGAAAAAAGCCGGUACAGUUGGUGUACUCUUUCAGAUGAUUGUGGAUCCGUGGAUGUCUUCAACACCAUUUGCUCCGAUCAAGGAAGUGAGUGCAAUUCCGAAUGAAGAGGAAAUUUUAUUUUCUAUGCAUACCGUUUUUCGAAUUGGUGAGAUAACUGAAAUCGAAGAUCGCGUUUGGCGUGUGGAACUGACAUUAACCAGGGAUAAUGACGAAGAUUUGAAACAACUAACGGAAUAUAUACGCGAGGAAACGUCGAAGUCAACGAAAUGGGAACAACUGGGUCAUUUAUUAAUCAAAAUGGGUAAUUUUAAUAAGGCUGAAGAGAUUUUUCGCGUCUUACUCGAACAAACAUUCAAAGACGAUGAAAAACUAUGCGCAUCACUGUACUAUCAUCUUGGAGAGGUAAAGUCUAACAAAGGAGAUUAUAAAGAUGCACUGCAAUUGUACGAAACCUCUCUUGAAAUCCAACAGAAAUAUUCCGAUUCGAAAGUGUCGGAUCUAGUGAAUACUUACAAUAGUAUUGGUCUUAUGUAUGAUAUUAUGGCAGAUUACUCGAAAGCAUUACAAUUCUACGAAAAAUCGCGUGAAAUCGGAGAAAAAGCAACGCUUUCUGAUCGUGUCAACAUGGCGGAGACUUUCAAUAACAUGGGAGCAGCAUACUAUCAUUUAGGAGACUAUACAAAAGCGCUUGAGUUCUACGAAAAAUCACGCGAUAUCUGUGUUGCAUCUCUCCCAACAAACCAUCCCGAUCUUGCUACUGUUAGUAGUAACAUCGGUAAUGUUCAUCAACGAAUCAAGGACUAUUCAAGAGCAGUGAAUGCCUAUGAGAAAACCUUGGAAAUUCAACAAAAGACUCUUCCUCCCAAUCAUCCGGAUUUAGCUGUUACUUACAACAGCAUUGGCUUGUUACACUGCAAUAUCGGAGAAUUAUCAAAGGCACUCGAUGCUUUUCAAAAAGAUCUCAAUAUUAAACAAAAGUCUUUGCCUUCGAAUCAUCCUAGUUUCGCUAUAACGUACAACAAUCUUGGCUUAGUCUAUUCGAACAUGACUGACUACCCGAAAGCACUCGAAUUCUACCAGAAGUCACUGGACAUCAGUUUGCAAUCGCGUCCUCCCAAUCAUUCAGAGUUAGCUACAACUUACAACAAUAUCGGUUUAUUACAUCUUAACAUGGGCGAGAUUGCUAAAGCACUCGAAUCCAUCGAAAAAUCCAUCGACAUCAAACAAGAGAUUCUUCCCGAUCAUCAUCCCGAUCUGUAUGCUGCUUUCAACAACAUGGGUUUGCUCUACUGGAAUACAGGAGAUUAUCCGAAAGCACUUUCGUUUUAUGAACGUUCGCUAAAAAUCGGUCAACAUAUACUACCUCCAAAUGAUCCGACUAUGGGAGCUCUUUACAAUACGAUCGCUCUGACACAUUUCAACCUAGGAAACCUUUCGAAAGCAUUAGAAUUUUUUGAAAAGUCACUUGAAAUCAAAAAAGUUGCUCUACCGGAAGGUCAUCCUGAAUUAGCAAAAACGUACAAUCAUAUCGGUUUGGUCUAUUGGCAGAUGGGUGAAUAUGGAAAAGCACUUCCAUGUUACGAGCAAGCCGUAGAAAUCGGAGAACGUGCAUUGCCGCAAGAUCAUCCAUACCUACAGGCCUAUCUAAAUGGUCUUGCUCAAAUGCGAGCUAAAUGUCAAUCCCUCUAA